AUGGAGGAAUGGGCAGUACAGGCCGAGAGCUUUAAAGGUGACGGCAAUGAGCUUCUAGCAGAUAAAAAAUACACUGAAGCAGUUGAAAUGUAUACACGUGCGAUUGAAUUAGAUCCAGAGAAUGCCGUCUAUUACAGUAAUCGUUCAGCUGCGUAUUUGGCCAUGGGAGAUGCACGUGGUAAAGCAUUAAAAGAUGCUGAGCAAUGUCUUAAGCUUCGGCCUGAUUGGUGGAAAGGAUAUAGUCGAAAAGGAGCAGCUGAAUAUGCAUUGCAACGAUUUGAUGCGGCUCGAAGAACGUAUAAUGAAGGACUGCGUUUGAAUCCGGAUAAUUCAUCCUUGCUACAGGCAUUAGAGGAGGCAUAUGUGGCUGGUCAGGCGUAUAGUAAGAGACUGGGAGAAGAAGAGCAAUUGAGACAAGAAAUUCAGCAGCAGCAGCAGCAAUUGAGACGAGAAGAAGAAGAUGAAAAGGAGAAAAAAACGCUGAAAACGAUACAAGAGAAAGAGAGAAAAGAGGAGAUGAAGAAACCACAAGUUGACGAUACAUUAUUGGCAGAGUUUAUGGCUCAAGUGCAGGAACUAGAGGAAAAUACAAAUUGUAUCACGAAAGAUGAAGAGACGAGCAGUCAUCUGAAGAAAAAGAACAAGGUCGUGGAUUUUGGCACGUCGGAUGGACAGAUUGAACGAUUGCUGCAGCCACAUUUUAAUUGGAUUAACUUGAACCCGUUUCGUGUACUUAUGCUCGAUGUGGACGCAACUGAAGAGGAUAUGAAGCAACAUUAUCGCAAGAUUUCGACGCUGGUGCAUCCUGACAAGUCUCGCAACCCCAAAGCCCGCGAAGCGUUUGAAGAGGUGAAGAAGGCGUACAACGUUAUCACAGAAGAAGACCGGCGUAAGACGUGCAUUCGCACGAUCGAAAAUGCAACGCAAGCGGUUGACAAGGAACGUCGUCAGAAGAUCAAAAAGGGCGUGAAGGAAAGUGAACUUGAUGAUUACAACGAUGCUGUGGAAAAGGCUGUACUACGCGCGUUUGCAGAAAUUGAAAACCGUCGCUUGAAUAUUGAGAAGCGCGAUGCUUUGCAACGGCGGCGCGAGGCCGAGAAGGAGGAAAAGGAUCAUGUAAAAGCUGUAAACAUGUUCAAGAGAGAGCGCUCAUGGGCAGAAACGGACCGCCGAGAGCAACGCGUUGGCAACUGGCGGUCAUUCCAGAAGGGAGGAAAGCGGAGGAAGGAGAUAGAUGCUCAAGGAUGGAAAGAAGAAUCGCGGGACGAAAAGAAAUUUGGCGAGGCAGACAAUGAGGCUUACAAGCGAGGAUGGAAAUAA